UUUACCCUUAUAUAUAAUUCUUGCGCAGAAGUUGCGGCAUAGUAAGAAGUCCUUUAAUAAAUGUUGUCAUAUAUGGUAUGGAGGAGAUGAUUCUGUGAAGUCCAUAAACAUACACAAGGAUUGAGGAUCUGUUACACCAGAAAAAUAGAAGGAUGGAAAGAACGGACACAGGAAACCAUGGCAUUCCAUCGGAAAUUUCGAUUAAGGAAUUGAUGGAGAACCUGCCUCCUAUGUCACCUGAAUGUUGUAUCUAUAGAGUUCCCAAGAGACUUCGCGUAUUAAAAGAGAAAACUUACACACCUCAGGCAGUUUCUAUCGGCCCAUUCCAUCGUGGCAAAGAAAACUUACAAGCUAUGGAAGAGCAUAAGUUGAGAUACUUGCAGUCAUUCCUAAAUCGUGUUGGGAUGAGUUUGGAUAGGUGUAUGGGAGAGACAAAGAAAUGGGAACAGAGAGCUCGCGAUUAUUAUGCAGAAAGAAUUGAGCUUAGCAGCGAUAAAUUUGUGGAAAUGCUGCUUUUGGAUGGCAGUUUUAUCAUCGAGAUUCUAUGGAGGUACAAUUUCUCUAUGCUGAACGAACCAAGUGAUUACUUAAAUAGGCCACAUAUGAUAAUUGCAGUGCGUACAGACCUAAUCUUACUUGAAAAUCAGCUUCCUUUUUUUGUGCUCGAGAAUUUGUUCAACCUAAUUCACAACUCUGAUUCAAAACCCCAACAUUCCUUCCUUAGGCUAUCUAUCAAAUACUUCAAAAAUAUAACGUUGAUCAGUAACACCCAACAGUCAAUCUCAACGCUAGCUGAAGCAAAGCAUGUCCUUGAUUUGCUAAGAAUAUGCCACUUACCAUCAUCUACAAGGUCACAGCCCAUAGGUGGGGUCAAAUUUGUGACAAUACGCAAUGCGACAGAGCUCAAGGAGGCAGGAAUGAAAUUUAACAGCGGCUCAAGCAAACACUUACUUGACAUACAAUACACUAUGGGAUCUCUGGAAAUUCCCCACUUCAGCAUAAACGACUCGACAGAGUCUCUACUGAGAAACCUCAUUGCACUCGAGCAUUGUCAUUAUACACUUGACAGUUACAUAAUGGAUUAUGUUUUUUUCAUGGAUAACCUUAUUGACACCGUUAAAGAUGCAGAUUUACUUAUACAGAGGGGAAUUAUUCAGAACUUACUAGGCGAUAGCUCUGAAGUGGCUGGACUCUUUAACAAUCUCACCUCAGAAAUGUUAUGGUGGUCCGAGAACUACUAUUUCCAUGAUACAUGUGAAAAACUAAAUGCAUAUUGCAAGGUUACUCGGCACAAGUGGAAGGCGAAACUGGAGCAUGAUUAUUUCAGUACUCCAUGGAGAACAGCUUCAACUGUUGCUGCAUUUAUACUGCUUGUACUUUCUUUCAUACAAACCAUUUGUUCUAUCAUCUCCCCCUAGUUUCAGGACUUGUUUACUUGCGUUAUCCAUUGUAAUGACUUUCUUAUUACGUCUUAUAACA